AUGUCAAAACCACAACCAGGCACAACAUAUAAACCAACUGAAUAUGAUAAUGAGGAUAAAAUGAAAAUGACGUCCAAAACAGUCGAUAUAUCAACGACUUCAGAUGACUUGACUGCUUCUCUUUCAACAAUUGUCUCUACAAAUAACCAUACCAACGACACGAAAAUAUCAAAACCAAAACGAUUUUGGAAUAAAUUCAUUAAUUUCAUUGAAGUGAAACAAUCAGAAACUUCAGAAAAUAGUGAUGAAAAUAGCAGUAAAUCAAUAUUACAAGCAUAUCUAUAUAAUGAUGAUUUAGCUCCAGUGAAACGGAAAGAAAGAGUCUGGUCAUGGAAUCAUUAUGUCUUCUUUUGGGUAGCUGGUGCUUUCAACGUCAAUACAUGGCAAAUAUCCGCUACUGGGUUGCAAUUAGGUUUAAAUUGGUGGCAAACUUGGAUAUGUAUUUGGGUCGGUUAUUCUUUCGUUGCUGGGUUUUUAGUACUGGCUUCUCGUGUUGGUAGUAAUUAUCACAUUUCAUUCCCAAUUGCUUCAAGAAUUGCAUUCGGAACUUAUUUCUCCAUUUGGAUUGUCAUUAAUAGAGUGGUUAUGGCUUGUGUUUGGAUGGGGACGUUAUCUUAUCUUGGUGGUGUUUGUGUUCAAUUAAUGUUGAAAUCAAUCUUUGGUAACGAUUUAAAUACUAGAAUUCAUGAUACCAUUGGAAGUAAUAAUCUAACAAAUUUUGAAUUCUUAUGUUUUAUGAUAUUUUGGAUCGUAUCAUUACCAUUCCUUUGGUUCCCUCCACAUAAAUUAAAAUACGUUUUCACUGUGAAAUCUGCUAUUACCCCAUUUGCUGCCUUUGGAUUUUUAAUAUGGACUUUAUGUAAAGCAAAUGGUCAUUUAGCUUUAAGAUCAUUGAAUGAAAAUGGUCCAAUUAACAAAGUGACAUUAGCUUGGUCAGUAAUAAGAUCAAUUAUGAGUGCAUUAGACAAUUUUUCUACUUUAAUUUUGAAUGCUCCUGAUUUUGCAAGAUUCUCUAAAACGUCUAAAUCAUCUAUCUAUUCCCAAUUAAUUGCACUACCUUUCCUAUAUGCUGUCAUCUCAUUAAUCGGUAUCCUUUCAGCAACUGCUGCCUAUACUUUAUACGGUAUUAAUUAUUGGUCUCCACUUGAUAUUCUUGGUCGUUAUUUGGAUCAUAAAACUGCAGGUAAUAGGGCUGGUGUUUUCUUGAUCUCAUUUGUGUUCGCGUUUGAUCAAUUAGGUGCAAAUUUGUCUGGGAAUGCUAUUCCAGCAGGUACUGAUAUGACAGCAUUAUUACCUAAAUUUAUUAAUAUUAGACGUGGUGCUUACAUAUGUGCAUGUAUCUCUUUGGCAAUUUGUCCAUGGAAUUUAAUGGCUUCUUCAUCAAUCUUUACCACUGCCUUAAGUGCUUAUGCAGUCUUCCUUUCCGCAAUCGCUGGUGUCAUUUUCGCUGAUUAUUUUGUAGUUAGAAAAGGUUAUGUCAACAUUUUCCAUUGUUAUACUAAUAAAGAAGGUUCGUAUUAUAUGUAUAAUAAAUGGGGGACCAAUUGGAGAGCUGUAUUAGCUUAUAUUUUCGGUAUUGCACCAAAUUUUGCUGGAUUUUUAGGUUCUGUCAAUGUUGUUGUACCUGAAAAUGCUAUGAAAGUUUAUUAUUUGAAUUAUUUCACUGGAUAUUUGAUAUCUGCUAUUACUUAUGUCAUUCUUGUUUAUUUUUGGCCUAUUACCGGUGUUCCUGAAGACAGCCAUCUGAUUAAAGAUUUAAAAUGGAUCGAACAUGAAGAAUGGAUAGAAGUGGAAGAUUUCGCAAUUCAAAGAGACGCUUUUGAAAGGUAUAGUGAUGAAACGAUAAUUGAUUAUACCGAAAAAGACUCAGUAUAA